CCCGCCAGCCUCAAUUGAACGCACCGCGGUGACGCAGGGCAAUGUGGAAAAUUUGUGACAGGAGGGGAAGGACGCAGGGCACGGCAGUGUUAAGCAGGAAGCACUUUUGAUUGAUGCACGACCUUCGAGGACAAACCUGUGAAUUAUAAUACACCUAACCGAGGGUGGUCCUUCCUGUGGAACACUGUAAAACAUCGACACCGUUUUAAGGCGGAUCACUUGGAUACACUCCCAGAGUCUCCAUCAUGAACUACCUUCGUCGCCGACUCUCGGACAGCAAUUUCAUGUCCAACCUGCCCAACGGCUACAUGGGCGACUUACAGCGCGCCGAGCCCCCGCCUCAGCAGCAGCCGAGCCCCGCAGUGUCCCCGGGGCCCUCGGAGAGACGCCAGCCUGUCAGUCAGCAACAGUCUGCGGGCGGAGGCUCCGGCUUCUUCUCGUCCAUAUCCAAUGCUGUCAAGCAAACCACGGCCGCCGCCGCAGCUACCUUAUCCGAAGCGGCCGACCGGGCGGGGGUCUCUAGCAGUGCUAAGAUCCUCCUGGUGGUGGACGACCAGCAGACCGACUGGGUGAGAGUUUUUAGAGGAAAGAAGGUCCACGGUGGUGAAUAUGACAUCAAGGUUGAACAGGCAGAAUUUUCUGAAAUCAACCUGGUGGCUGACUCGUCAGGCACCUACACAGUCAGCAUUGAUGCAAUUAGGAGCGGCCAUAAGGUGACUAAAUCCUUUAAACCAGACUUUGUGCUGAUCAGACAGCAUGCCUUCAGUAUGGACAAGAAUGGAGACCACCGAAACUUAGUUAUCGGUCUACAGUAUGCGGGACUGCCAAGUGUGAACUCUUUACACUCUGUCUACAAUUUCUGUGACAAACCAUGGGUGUUUGCACAGAUGUCAAGGUUACACAAACAGUUGGGUUCAGAGGAGUUCCCACUGAUUGACCAGGUUUAUUAUCCAAACCACAAAGAAAUGAUAACGUCCUCUCAGUUCCCUGUUGUGAUAAAAAUGGGCCAUGCUCACUCAGGAAUGGGAAAGGUGAAAGUGGACAACCAAUAUGACUUUCAAGAUAUUGCCAGUGUUGUUGCCCUGACCAAGACUUAUGCCACAUCCGAGCCAUUUAUUGAUGCCAAGUAUGAUGUCCGCAUCCAGAAGAUUGGUGAAAAUUACAAGGCCUAUAUGAGAACAUCCAUUUCUGGCAAUUGGAAAACCAACACAGGCUCAUCAAUGCUUGAGCAAGUGGCCAUGUCAGACAAGUACAGGAUGUGGGUGGACACUUGUGCCAACAUCUUUGGAGGUUUGGAUAUCUGUGCCGUGGAGGCUCUUCAUGGCAAAGAUGGAAUGGACUACAUAAUAGAGGUAGAUGACUGCUCAAUGCCACUGAUCGGUGACCAGCAGGAUGAGGAUCGUAUACAGAUUGCUGAACUGGUGGUUUCGAAAAUGAACCAGAUGAUUCUACCUGCUUCAAGCUCCUCUACAGGCCGCAUCACAGCAACACAGAAAGCAGUUUCUCCUCAACCUGUGUCCCAACCUAGAGUUCCACAGUCUCAACAGCGACCCUCACCUCAGGGUGGUCCUCAACAAGGUGCUGCUGCUGCUGCACAGGCCCAGCAAGCUGCAGCGAGCCCGGGUUCAGCUGAAACAAGUUCCCAAGCCAAGGUCAAUCAAGGGCCUCCAGGGCAGGGUGCUCCUCAGCGAAGCCAAGGAGGGCCUCUUCCAACUCAGAGGCAACAGUCUUCCACACAGCAGCAACAAAGACCUCCUUCGGGGGGUGCUGGUCAGAAACCUCAGCAACAGAGACCUACUCAGCCCCCUAGACAGCAAUCACAAGGAGGGCAGCAGAGAACCGCUGGCCAGCAGGGGCGUACUGGUGGGACCACUACACAGCAGCCACGACCAGCCGGCCAGGGCCAGGGAGGUCCUGGGGGACGCCCACCACUGCAACAAAAGCCCCAGCCCCCACAAAAACCCAGUCAGGACAGCACGGCAUUUGGCGGUUCCCCACAACUGAAUUAUCGCAAAUCUCUGACCAAUACCUUCAACAUUCCAGAAACCCCAGCGUCACGAGCCAGCCUUAACCAGGAUGAGGUGAAGGCUGAAACCGUACACAGUCUACGCAAAUCUUUUGCCAGUCUCUUCUCAGACUGAGACAUCAUCAUCAUCAUCAUCAUCCUC